AAAAACAAAAUUCAUCUUAAAUGCCAUUUUCAUUUAUCUUUUUUCUCCCUUUACAAAUAUUUUUUUAAUAAAAAGAUAAUUUCGAAAAGCUCAGCUUCUCUUUCUUCUUCCUUUAAAACCCUUACGUGCCCAUUCCGUUGACAAAAGCCAAGCUCUUACUAUCUCUCUUGCUUCUCUCUCUCUCUCUCUCGUUCUCUCACUCUCUCUCUCUAAAUGGAAGCUCUCACCUUUAUGAAAUUCUGGCUAACGAACACCACCGUCAAUAAACCCCGCCGUGAAACCAGAAUCUCAGAAUCCGCCGUUAGAUCCUCCGCCGCACUAGAAGAUUCCGAAGUUGAUCUCAGCGAGGGAGAUGAUUCCUUCUUCGAGCUCGAGAUCUCUCUCUCAGAUUUCUCCUUACAUAAAAACAAAACCCCUGAAGAGAGAGAAGUAAAACAGACAACGUUUUCUCUCUCUAAGAGCAAAGUCAUCCCUUUCGUCGAACCCACUUCAAAACCUCAGUCUCCGACAACUCCACUAAACUCCGGUCGAAAGUUUCGUGCUUUCUCCUUCAAGAAGAAAGAAAACAACAGAAGCCUCAACGUAAUGUUCAAAACAGAAGACCAAACAACAACAACAACAACAAGCUUCGGAAAAACGACGACCACUGCGACGUCACAGCUCAAACCCGACACGAUGUUCUCCGAGGACUCUGUUUCCUCUGUUUCUUCCUCAAAGAGAUUCUUUGACCUCAUAAAGCCUUUAUACAACAAAACAACCAAGAAACAGAGCGUCAACAGUGUAUCCACAUCUCCGGCGUCUUCACCGGCGACGGCGAGGGAGAAACAGAGAAAUAGUAAACCGUCAGGGAUUCGAAGACAGCUUGGGAAGAGCAGGUCGGCGUCUGCGACUUUGUCUCCGGCGAAGAGAGUCGACGAGUCUUUACAGGUGCAACAAGAUGGGAUUCAAAGUGCCAUUCUCCACUGCAAGAAAUCGUUUCAAGGGUCAGAAUCUUCUAUGUUGUCGCGAUCUUGCAGUGAAUCUUACUCGCAAGAGAAGCUCAGUACUUCGUCGUCUGAAGAUUCGUAUUUGUUUUCAAGAUUAUCAAGCGAAUCAAUGUCGGAAAAAUCAUUCGAUAGCCUGGCUUCAAUCAAGGAACAGAGGGAGAAGAUUAGCCAUUAGUUUUUUUUUUUGUAAUAAGAAGACAAGAUUUUAGUUUCUUUUGAAAAAUUAGUUUAAAAUAGCGAUGAAGAUGGAAGAUAGAAAAAUCUUGUUGUAGGAUCAGUAAUAUUUCAGAUUAGUGAUGGGUAUUUUUUUGGCUUUGUGUAGUGACGGAUCAUUAUGUGAAUCCUGACACCUAGAGAAUUGAAAAAUUAAAUAUUAUAUAUAUUUAUUACAUAA